GGGACUACGGUUCGAAGCGAAGGACGCAGCCGAGCAAGUCAUAGAUACGGGCAGCCUGCUCCGCUUUCAUUGGCGCGUAUAUAAACCAGAGAUCAGAGGUAGAACUCCAUUUCCACUAAAGUUAGGAGGGUCAGCGCAGGGAGAAAGGGCGGGACGGCAGUGAGGGGCGAAGGGAGAACUGGAGGAGGAGGAGGAGGAGGCAGUUGAAGAAGUACGAGCGUCGAUUGCGAUAUUGAUAGGUUUGGACGCCCGAAUACCGCUAAUCUUGGUUCCGCAACCAUCUAGAACCCUCCCUCCGCCGCCGCCCUCCUCCCCAGGGAAAUCGCUGCCGCCGCGGUCGAUCCACGCUAAUGAAGCUGUACGGAGGAGGUUCCGGCCCCGAAACUGGUCUCGAAGAGUCCAUGUGGCGCUUGGGAUUUGGAGGAGGAGGAGACGGGCAGUACCCGGAGAGACCUGGAGAGCCGGAUUGUGCCUACUACAUGAGGACUGGAGCGUGCAGCUAUGGUGAGAAGUGCCGUUACAAUCAUCCCCGCCAUCGUCGAUCAUUGACUGGAGCUGGCAGGACUGGCGCUGUGGAGUAUCCUGAGCGAGUCGGUCAGCCUGUAUGCGAGCACUACAUGAGAACUGGAAAUUGUAAAUUUGGAUCCACUUGCAAGUUUCAUCACCCUAGACAGGAAGGAUCUUCAACAGUCUCAUUGAAUUAUAGUGGAUACCCAUUAAGACCGGGCGAGAAAGAGUGUGCCUUCUACAUCAAGACAGGACUGUGCAAAUUUGGUCCUACCUGUAAAUUCCAUCACCCACAACUUGCUGGGCCCUCUGUCCCGUCUCCUGCGCCUACAUUUUAUCCAUUGGUGCAGCAACUAUCAGUUCCUUCUCAUCAAUAUCCCCCUUAUGUUAAUUGGCAAGUUGCUAGACCAUCAGUGCUGCCUGGAUCAUAUAUGCCAGUGUCUUACCCUCCUAUGAUAUCACCUGGAGUCGUUCCAGUUCAGGGCUGGAACACUUAUGCGGCAAUCCAGGCACAUAUGAACCCUGUAGCAACAUCUUCUGGUCAACAAUCAAUUCAAGUGGGGCAAAUCCAAGGAUUACCAAACCAAGUGUCUUUUACAGAAGCAACUGCAUCUGGACCUCAAAUUUCUUCGUCAUCAGCUGGACCUCCAAGUGCUGGUCAGAGGGAAAUCAAGUAUCCUGAGAGACCUGGGCAACCUGAAUGCCAGUUCUACCUGAGGACAGGGGAUUGUAAAUUUGGAGCCAUGUGCAAAUAUCAUCAUCCCCCAGAUUGGAACAUGCCAAGGACUAGUGUUAUUCUAAAUGCUUUAGGCUUACCCCUUCGACCGGGAGCUCAAACUUGCACUUACUACAUGCAGCACGGCUCGUGUAAGUUUGGACAAACAUGCAAAUAUGAUCAUCCAUUUCUGACUAUGAGCUACAACUCAUCCAUGUCUUCUCUCUCUGAUCUGCCUCCUGCCUCUUACCCUACUGGAUUCCCUGUUGCAGCAUUCGCUCCCUCAUCAGCCAGAGAGCUGCAGCCUGAAUUUAUUUCUAGCCAAGAACAUUUCUCUUUGAGAAAACCUUCUGAAAACUGAAUUAGAGGCCCUGCUACUGCAAUAGUUCAAUCUUUCUGCAAGAAUUUCAGUCUCCAGUUGCUCAUCCAUCCUUAAAUUUCCACUCCAAUCACUAGAGACAACCCAUUCUAGCCAGAAGAUAUGUAGUUGAAGCUGAGAAAAGUUGAAUUUGCUAUUUAGAUUCUUCUUUGAAGUACAGCUGAAGCUCAUAUUUCAUUGCUUAAGAAUGGAAGGGAGGUACAUGGCUUGGUCAAUCUCCUUGCCCUUUUAGUAUUAUCAUUGUUCUCACAGACGACACCAUCACCUUCUUUGGAAAUAAGCUACUGCUGGUGCAGGCAUGGCACUGGCUGGGGUCCUUUUUUUCCCCUCAAUGCAGGAGCAUUUCAUUUAGUUACAAGGCCAAACAAAGCUACUAUUCCCUCUUCCAGCUUUUAUCCCUCCCAAGCUAGGAUCAAUGACUACACGCCUUCCCUCCUCCCUGCUCUAAACAGUUUGUCAAAUCUCUUUACAAUCACACAAUGUGCAUUCCUUCACAGCAGCUGCAGUUGCUGGGUAUUUUGCAGUAGACCUCUUAUUCAUCGUUUUGUCUCUGCCAUUUAUGAGCAGAAUAUUUCGCAACUGGUGUAAUUUAUGAUCAGAACAUCCUCCGGCAAGGUACUGCAGAUAAUUGCUUUCCAUUCUUAAUUUAAUUUCAUCUUGAUGUC